GGCGUAAACAUCUUCGAGAACAUGCUGAGCUUUGGUAACCACCUACAUAUUUUCUCAGACGAAAUUGCGCGUUCUGGUGAGCAGCUGGGCAAUACUCCACAAGCUUUCAGCCAUUUGGCCUUGAUCUCUGCAGCGUUCAACUUGGACAGGACACUGGCGACGCAUCACAGACGGUAGAAGCAUUGCGCGCUGUCGUCAGAACGACGGAUUGAAGUAGAUUGGCAUGUAAAUGUGCAUGUGUGCAAAGAUCUAGACAAAGCCAUUUGAGGCCCAAAUGACGAUCGGCUAGCUGCAAGCGGCGAGACGUGGG